GGAUCAUAUUAAAUUUAAUAAAUUACAAAGACAAUAAAUAAACUGAUAUUAAUUCUCAAAUUUUCAUUUAAUGUCUUUCUGUAUGAUGUGGAACUGACUGUUUGGUUCUUUUCUUCAACCUAACGUUCUCCAACAACCAGUAAAUCUCGUGUGAAACUCUCCAUCUUCGCAGAUUUAUCGUCCUUCUGGCUCGAAUUCUCUCUCUCUCUCUCUCUCUCUCUCUCUCUCUCUCCAUUGUGAUCUUCAUACCUGAAUUUAUCCAUCCGUUUCAUCUCGUCUCAGAUUUAAGAAUCCAUGGUUUUUGCUCAGUUUAAGCUUUGCCUUCCUGUCUUCUUUUCGCUUUGUCUGCUCGUAACUUACGCUCAAGCAGAAGAUGUCAACUAUUGCAAUAAGAAGGCUGAGUAUGACGUUAAAGUGAGUGGGGUUGACAUAACUCCUCAUCCUGUGGCCAGGGGCCAGCCAGCAACCUUCAGCAUCUCGGCAUCUACAGGUGAAGAGAUAUCUGGAGGAAAACUUUUCUUAGAUGUUUCAUACUUUGGGUUUCCUGUCCACAGUGAGACCCAUGACCUUUGCCAGGAGACAUCUUGCCCUAUUUUGGCUGGAAAUUUUGUGAUUUCCCAUACGCAAGAGUUGCCUGGAUUUGCUCCGCCAGGUUCUUAUACUCUCACCUUGAGGAUGGAAGAUGGAAACAAACAUCAGUUGACGUGCAUUGUCUUUGAUUUCAGCAUCGGGUUAACAUCAUCUGUGGCUGAAAUUUGAGUACCUUGACCAUGGGUUCAUUAGUCUAUCUUCACUACCUUUUUAAGUACAGAAAAUUCUUCCUUUGCAGUUAUAUCUUGCUUUGUAUAUCACCUUCUGUAGUGUCUAUUCCAGAUCCAUUCAUGUAACUAAAGCAUAAUAUUUUCCUUCUGUUUCCUUGAAUGAAAUGGGUUUGUCAGCA